UGAGUGCGAGUUUGUUUUUCCAUAGUUAUACCUUAAAACAGUGUGCUUCGAACCACGCAUUUAAAUAGUUUUAUUUUGGAGUUCCCAAAAUGCGUCUCACCUGUGGACUUUUGUCAAUUUUGGUUGUAACGUUUAUGCUUGCGUUAAGUACUAAUGCUGAAUCAUCUGGAAAAUCCCGAAACCGAGAAGAUCGUUUUGAUCUGGAGAACGAGAGCAUUGAAAGUGGGGAGAAUGACGAGUUAAUUGCGUCAUGUGAAAGUGAGGAGAGUGCGGAAAACUAUAGCUGCCGGCAGAGGAAAACGGAAUACCCGAAACGAAAGACUUUCCGAUUUGCAUUUUAA